CCCUUUCCUGCAGCAGCAGCAGCAGCAGCGGUGUAUCGUUCACACGGAGGCAUUACGUACAGCAGACUCACCAAAUAUGCACAGUCUAAUUAUCCGCGACAAAAUGGGAUAAUCGUGAGAGUCUUCAGAGAAUUUCAUCAACGGGAACUAAAAGAACAAUCGAGGAGAGUGAUUUUUUUAACCUUCAAUCUACACAGACGUAAGCACAAAGGGUUUUGGGCAUAAUGGUGAUAAAAGAGAUAUCACAUUAUCAACGCAGGGAAACUGGAAUACAUGGCCACAUACACGACCGGACCGUAUGAUUUGUUUAUGGCGACCAGCUUAAUUUGAAAAGCUUUUUAAGGAGUAUUUUGUUUAUUCCGUGCGAUCUGGAGAACAGAUGCUGUCAUUGUGCUGGGGACCGAGAUUUGUGCGCGUGAUAUUCUGCAAGUGGUCUCGUCGGAAUGGUGCGCGAGAUGAGAAUGCGCGUGCCUUUAUUGUUUCCGCGCGAUAUGCUCAAUAACUGUCGUUCUUCUGUCGUUGAGCAACUCGACAACGACGACAAUUUUGGUACAGAAAGAUUGAGACUUCAAGUGACAAUUCCAGGGAAAUCAUGAACGAUAUGUUUUGUAAACAUUUGUAUUAAGUGUUAUUAAAGAAAUAUCCUUUAUUAUGAACGGGCAACUGCCGACUUUUCAUACUUUCAUCAUAUUUGCUUUUCUUCGGCUAAAUUCCACUUAGUUGGAGCUACUUGACCGUGCGUUUCUGACCAAUUUGAUAUUUUCAACCUGAGAAAACACAAUGGUGGAGCCUGUGGGUUUCAUUGAAGCCUGGAAAGCACAGUUUCCAGAGUCUGAGCCUCCGAAGAUGGAGCUAAGAUCUGUUGGGGGAAUCGAACUAGAACUAGAGAAGUGCAAAGCAUCCAUAAGACGUUUGGAAAUGGAGGUGAACAAAGAGCGCUUCCGGAUGAUCUACCUUCAGACGCUGCUGGCUAAGGAGAGAAAGAGCUAUGACCGACAGAGAUGGGGUUUCAGGAAGCCACCUCACAUGACAGAAGGGGACCCACAAGCUGUUGGGGCCGAUUCCCAGCAUCUCCAUGCACAGGAGCACGGACAGUCAGAGCGCAGCAGGUUUCAGCCUGUGGGGGAGACCAGAGUGAAACCACGACCACCCCCUGCCAGAAAGUCAGCCUCCCAUGGCGAUGGAUUGGAGCUUCAAUCGUCGUUUGAGGCACACCAAGCAGGGCCAGUCACUGAGACCGAUGGACUCUCACCGUCCACACAGAGGGGCGGAGUCUCCCCUCGCAGGCCCCAUCCACCCCCUGACAAGGAGCUGCCUUUGGAUCCAUCCUCGAAAGACAAGCCGGGCAUGGGGCUUGGGGUGGCUGCAUUACGUUCGAACUUUGAGAGGAUCAAACGAGCCAACUCGCACUCAGCCAGCGAAGGAAAAUCAGGCCAGGAGAAACCGUUUUACACCAACGUUGAGUUUCAUCAUGACAGGGGCCUAGUAAAAGUCAACGACCGUGAGGUCUCGGACAAAAUCAGCUCUCUUGGGAAUCAAGCCAUGCAGAUGGAGCGCAAAAGGUCACUUCAUUCACUUCCGGGCAACCUUGCUACAGUCGCAGGUGAUCUACGCACCAGGCCCGUCUAUAGGGGGCGCUCUACUGAAAGCACCUGCGGAUAUGACGCAGAGUAUGAAGACGGCGAACCAAGUCCUCGCUAUAGCACUGCGAGACCGAACGGGGCCAAACCACCACCGCCACCAUGGCAGCCAUCAGAUUUCCAGCCAUAUACUAGUGUUUACGUCGGAGGGAUGAUGUCAGGAGAUGGUGGUGACGGUAGGGUCACUAUGAGGGACCAUGUAGGAAGCGACGACCAUCUUCUCACCUGGCCCAGGAGGUCUUACUCGCCUGGAAGUUUCGAGGACGUGGGAGGCGGAGGAGGCGGCUACACGCCAGACUGCAGCUCCAACGAGAACCUGACGUCUAGCGAGGAAGACUUCUCCUCGGGACAGUCCAGUCAUGUGUCGCCCAGCCCUACGACAGCGUACCGCCGCCCACUCCGAGAGAAGAGUCGCUCGCCUUCUCAGAACUCCCAGAAUUCUCAGCACUCAUUUGACAGCAGCAGCCCCCCUACACCGCAGACACAGAAACGGCACCGGCAGCAACAUGUCGUGGUGUCCGAGGCCACCAUUGUAGGCGUAAGGAAAACAGGACAAAUCUGGCCCCACGAUGGAGACUCUAUAGCUUCCAGUCGGGCUUCCCAUGACAACAGUUACCAUGGAGAUCUAGAUGUUCCAUUUACAGGCACUCCGCCCACCUACGGUUACGACGCAGACCGAGCGGAGGAGCAGCGGCGACACCAUGACAUCCUGCCCUACAUCGACGACUCCCCGUCCUCCUCCCCUCACCUCAGCUCCAAGAGCCGCAGCAGUCGAGACACCCUCUCCUCCGGCUCGAUCGAGUCCUCAAAGUCUGCGGAGUUGGACCUAGAGAAGGGAUUGGAGAUGAGGAAAAGGGUGUUGUCUGGAAUCCUGGCCAGUGAAGAGACCUACCUCAGCCAUCUGGAGGCGCUGUUACUGCCCAUGAAGCCCCUGAAAGCAGCAGCCACCACCUCUCAGCCUGUCCUGACUGUUCAACAGAUCGAAACCAUCUUCUUCAAAGUGCCUGAGCUUUAUGAGAUCCACAAAGAAUUCUAUGAUAGCCUUUUACCCAGAGUGCAGCAGUGGAGUCACCACCAACGCGUGGGAGACCUUUUCCAAAAACAAGCUAGCCAGCUUGGAUUGUACAGGGCCUUUGUGGAUAAUUACGAACUCGCAGUGGAGACCGCGGAGAAGUGCUGUCAAGCGAACACACAGUUCGCAGAGAUCUCUGAGAGUCUCAAGGUCAGGAGCACCAAGGAGUGCAAGGACCUGACAGCCAAAUACUCACUGGAAACUCUGCUCUAUAAACCAGUGGACAGAGUGACACGGAGCACGCUUGUUUUACAUGAUCUUCUGAAACACACACCCUCCAGUCACCCAGAUUACCCCCUCCUUCAGGACGCCCUCCGCAUCUCACAGAACUUCCUGUCCAGCAUUAACGAAGAAAGCACACCUCGCCGCCAGUCCAUGACAGUGAAGAAGGGAGAGAACCGUCAGCUGUUAAAGGACAGCUUUAUGGUGGAGCUUGUGGAAGGGGCCCGGAAACUACGCCAUGUUUUUCUCUUUACUGACCUCCUUCUCUGUGCCAAAUUGAAGAAACAGAUAGGAGGGAAGAGCCAGCAGUAUGACUCUAAGUGGUAUGUUCCUUUCUCGGAUCUCACCUUCCAAACAGCGGAGGAGUCAGAGCCCCUGCCUAUCCCGCAGGCUCCUGAUGAAGAGCUGGAUGCUAUUAAGAUCAAGAUCUCAUCCCUGAGGAGUGAGAUCCAGAGAGAGAGGAGAGCCAACAAAGGGUCAAAGGUUAUGGAGAGGCUGAAAAAGAAGCUGUCAGAACAGGAAUCGCAACUGCUGCUGAACUCUCCUAACAUGCCCCUCAGAGUGCACAACCGCAAUGGAAAGAGCUACAUAUUUCUGAUCUCAUCGGACUAUGAGCGUGCGGAGUGGAAGGAAGUGAUUCGAGAACAGCAGAAAAAAUGCUUGAAAAGCUUCACCCUGACAUCCAUGGAGCUUCAGAUGCUCACCAACUCUUGUGUCAAACUCCAGACGGUCCAUCAGUUACCCCUCACUGUCAAUAAAGAUGAGGAUGAACCUACUGGACUGUAUGGAUUCCUGAAUGUAAUUGUCCAUUCUGCCUCUGGACUUAAACAGAGCUUAAAUCUGUAUUGCACAUUAGAGGUGGACUCCUUUAGUAUCUUUGUGAAUAAAGCCAAAACAAGAGUGUACAGAUACACCACAGAGCCCAAGUGGAAUGAGGAGUUUGAGAUUGAGUUGGAGGGCUCCCACACAUUACGUCUACUGUGUUACGAAAAGAGCUACAACAAAGCCAAGAUGAACAGGGAGGAUGGAGACAGCACGGAUAGAAUUAUGGGCAAAGGACAAAUCGCGUUGGAUCCUCAGAUGCUCCAGGGUAAAGACUGGCAGAGAACGGUUAUCCCUAUGAAUGGGAUUGAGGUGAAAAUAUCCAUGAAGUUCACCAGCCGGGAGUUCAGCCUGAAGAGAAUGCCCUCACGGAAGCCCAUGGGUGUGUUUGGAGUAAAUAUCUCCUCAGUGACAAAACGGGAGCGCUCUAAAGUGCCCUACAUAGUCAGACAGUGUCUAGAGGAGAUUGAAAGAAGAGGAAUGGAGGAAGUGGGCAUCUACCGUGUUUCAGGAGUGGCCACUGACAUCCAAGCGCUCAAAACUGCAUUUGACACCAAUAAUAAAGAUGUGUCAGUAAUGAUGAGUGAGAUGGAUGUGAAUGCCAUUGCCGGAACGCUAAAGCUGUACUUCAGGGAGCUUCCUGAGCCUCUGUUCACCGACGAGCUGUACCCUAACUUUGCAGGAGGCAUUGCUCUCUCUGACAGCGUAGCUAAGGAGAGCUGUAUGCUGAACCUCCUGCUGUCUCUACCAGAGCCCAACCUGGUCACCUUCCUCUUCCUGCUGGAUCAUCUCAAGAGGAUUGCCGAAAAGGAGAGUGUAAACAAGAUGUCUCUUCACAAUCUGGCCACCGUGUUUGGCCCGACCCUGCUACGACCCUCUGAGAAGGACAGCAAGAUCCCCACUAACCCCACACAGCCUAUCACGAUGGGGGACAGCUGGUCGCUGGAAGUCAUGUCACAGGUGCAAGUUCUGUUGUAUUUCCUUCAGCUGGAGACCAUCCCGACGCCAGACAGUAAGAGACAGAGUAUCCUGUUUUCCACAGAGGUCUAAAGGAGUGCUUAUUCUCAUUGUAAGUUUUACACCAGUGGGAAAGAGAGCAAGCGAGUAUGUCCACCCACUAGGUAAUGGACACUGGAAUGCACAAGAGCUACGUCCUUCUGGGCAAAAGCAGGAGUGCUUCGCCUUUCGCGCAUUUUCUAGCUGCCGCCACUAGGGGGCACCUCAGCCCUUUUAAACAUUGAAGAACUCUACUCGGAGCACAUCUUGAAUAUUACUGAACCCUCCAUGUAAACCGCCUAUGUUUCUCUGAACAACAGUGUCCGUUCAGCACCUUCACUCCGUAUUCUGUGACUCCUCAGAUCGCUGAGCACGCUCUUGUGUCCUGUAUGUGGGCCUCUAACGGUCAUUCAUAUCAGCUGGUGACAGUGAAUUCUGUCUCUUCUGGCUUUAUGUUUGUCCUCAUUUUGUCUGUCCCCACUGGUCACUGAUGCUCUUUCUGUGCUGCUACAAGUCAGUAUCCAGCUCCAAAUCCUUUUAUGUGAUAGAUAAUUACAUGGGAGUUCAACAUAGUUCUUAUUGCAGACUCUUUAAAAGUCAAAUGACUAGUUUCUCUUAGUGUUCGUCAAUCAUUUAGAGGACUUAAUUUAAUAGGAUUUCUGUGUAGAUGAUGGUGUUUGGUUCGGUUUUUGUCAGUGUUGAUGUGAUUUCUAAUUUAAGAACAUCAAGGAACAAUCUGAAAAAUAGAUUGAUCUGAGUAAAAUCUCGUUAUUAUUUAAUUUUCCUCUUUUUUUUUUUCUUUUUUUUUUGACCCAUACAUCUCUGUCAAGCAAUAUUUAAGGAUUCAUGAGUCUGUUUAAAAACAUUGUGUUUCAUUAUGCUUUUGUAUUUUAGAUCUGUCCCUCAUAUUUUGGGAGAGAGAUAAACCUUCAUAAAUUUCUAAGUACAUAACCAAAAGGGUCAAUAUAUUUUUCUUUAUUCUAAGUUUUUAUGUAAUACAUAUAGAAUAAUUAUGAUUAUUUAUUUGGGGACAGAUAUCAACAUCAUUUCAGAGUAUGUCUACAUUUAUCGCUAACUUAUCUGUGUAAUGAAGUACUGUAGAUUCCUUACAUAUCCUCUUAUUUUUCCUUUCUUUUUGAAUCCGUUCAGGAUUUGAAGAUGCUCUGAGAAUAGCACACAAUACUAGCGUUUCCCCUGCCGUAUAUCUAGUGUUGAGAGUUGACCAAACACAAAGGUUUUUAGCGUGCUUUGGCUUCACUGCACACUGUGGUUUAUGUUCGCUGAGAACCAUACAGCUGUGCCUCUCUGUCUCAUCGUAAGACAUUAAAGGAAUAGUUCACCCGAAAAUUAAAAUCCUGUCUUCAUUUACUCACCAUCAAGUUGUUCCAAACCUGUAUAAGUCUAUUUCUUCUGUUGAACAUAAAAGAAGAUAUGAAUGAGUGAAUGUGUGUAUUUGAAGAAUGUGUGUAACCAAACAGAUGUUUUUAAAUCAUUGAAUCAAUCCAUAGUAUGGAAAAAAAAAAUACUAUGAAAGUCUAUGGGGACCAUCAACUGUUUGGUUACA